GCGGCUGCGUUCACGCCUCCAAGUCUGACAGACAGCUCCAGAACCCUAUCGCUCUCUUCAAGGGUCAGAUUGUACCUGAACUAGCCAAUGGGGAGCAGUCCGGGAGGCGGACCCGGCGCUGCCAGGGUUGGGUGCACUGUUGAACAGAUGGCAGAGGGAGGCGAGCGGAUUCCAGAGGAACGCCGGUCAGUUUUAGCUAUUUGACUGUCAUCUGUUGCCGCCCAUUGAUGUGAAGAUGACCAAGCUGGGAUUUUUGCGGUUGUCCUAUGAGAAGCAGGACACACUUCUGAAGCUUCUCAUUCUGUCGAUGGCUGCUGUGUUAUCGUUCUCCACUCGUCUCUUUGCUGUCUUGAGAUUUGAAAGUGUCAUCCAUGAAUUUGACCCGUACUUUAAUUAUCGCACCACCCGGUUCCUGGCUGAGGAGGGAUUUUAUAAAUUCCAUAACUGGUUUGAUGACCGGGCCUGGUACCCUUUGGGACGAAUCAUUGGAGGAACAAUUUACCCAGGCUUAAUGAUCACCUCUGCUGCAAUCUACCAUGUCCUCCAUUUUUUCCACAUCACCAUAGACAUUCGGAAUGUCUGUGUGUUCCUGGCCCCUCUCUUCUCUUCCUUCACCACCAUCGUCACGUACCACCUUACCAAAGAGCUCAAGGAUGCAGGAGCCGGCCUUCUUGCUGCUGCCAUGAUUGCCGUGGUUCCUGGCUAUAUCUCCCGGUCUGUGGCUGGCUCCUAUGAUAAUGAAGGGAUUGCCAUCUUUUGCAUGCUGCUCACCUACUACAUGUGGAUCAAAGCAGUCAAGACUGGUUCCAUCUACUGGGCAGCGAAGUGUGCCCUUGCUUACUUCUACAUGGUCUCUUCCUGGGGAGGUUACGUGUUCUUGAUCAACUUGAUCCCUCUUCAUGUGCUAGUGCUGAUGCUCACAGGACGUUUCUCCCACCGGAUCUACGUGGCGUACUGUACUGUCUACUGCCUGGGCACCAUUCUUUCCAUGCAGAUCUCCUUUGUGGGUUUCCAGCCCGUCCUCUCAUCGGAGCACAUGGCAGCCUUUGGGGUCUUUGGUCUCUGCCAGAUUCACGCCUUUGUGGAUUAUCUGCGCAGCAAGUUGAAUCCACAGCAAUUUGAAGUUCUUUUCCGAAGUGUCAUCUCCCUGGUGGGCUUUGUCCUUCUCACCAUUGGAGCUCUCCUCAUGCUGACAGGAAAAAUAUCUCCCUGGACGGGGCGUUUCUACUCCCUGUUGGAUCCUUCUUACGCUAAGAACAACAUCCCCAUCAUUGCCUCUGUGUCUGAGCAUCAGCCUACGACCUGGUCCUCAUACUAUUUUGACCUACAGCUUCUUGUCUUCAUGUUCCCAGUUGGCCUCUAUUACUGCUUUAGCAACCUGUCUGAUGCCCGGAUUUUCAUCAUCAUGUAUGGCGUGACCAGCAUGUACUUCUCAGCUGUGAUGGUGCGUCUGAUGCUGGUGUUGGCACCUGUUAUGUGCAUUCUUUCUGGCAUUGGAGUCUCUCAGGUGCUGUCCACUUACAUGAAGAAUUUGGACAUAAGUCGACCAGACAAGAAGAGCAAGAAACAGCAGGAUUCUACUUACCCUAUUAAGAAUGAAGUGGCAAGUGGCAUGAUACUGGUCAUGGCUUUCUUUCUCAUCACCUACACCUUUCAUUCGACCUGGGUGACCAGUGAGGCCUACUCUUCUCCCUCCAUUGUGCUGUCUGCUCGUGGUGGAGAUGGCAGUAGGAUCAUUUUUGAUGAUUUUCGAGAAGCGUACUAUUGGCUUCGUCACAAUACUCCAGAGGAUGCGAAGGUCAUGUCAUGGUGGGAUUAUGGCUACCAGAUCACAGCUAUGGCUAAUCGGACGAUUUUAGUGGAUAAUAACACAUGGAAUAAUACCCAUAUAUCUCGAGUAGGGCAGGCAAUGGCAUCCACAGAAGAAAAAGCCUAUGAGAUCAUGAGGGAGCUUGAUGUCAGCUACGUGCUGGUCAUUUUUGGAGGCCUCACUGGGUAUUCUUCAGAUGACAUCAACAAAUUUCUGUGGAUGGUCCGGAUUGGAGGCAGCACAGACACCGGGAAACACAUCAAGGAGCACGAUUAUUAUACUCCAACUGGGGAGUUCCGUGUGGACCGUGAGGGCUCGCCAGUGCUGCUCAACUGCCUAAUGUACAAGAUGUGUUACUACCGGUUUGGACAGGUUUACACAGAAGCCAAGCGUCCGCUAGGCUAUGACCGUGUCCGGAAUGCUGAGAUUGGGAAUAAAGACUUUGAGCUUGAUGUCCUAGAAGAAGCAUACACCACAGAACAUUGGUUGGUCAGGAUAUACAAGGUGAAGGACCUGGAUAACCGAGGCUUGUCAAGAACAUAAAUAUUACGUCUGGUUCUGAUCUGCUUCGCACUGAGUGCGUCCCAUUUAGGGCGCUGAAGACAGUUU